UCCUAAAUCGGUCUAAUGUCUGUCCCGGCGACCACCGUCAUACCACCAUUGACCGAUGAAUUGGACAUCGUCAUCCCUACCAUCAGGAACCUUGACUUUCUGGAGCAAUGGAGAUCCUUUUUCCAGCCUUACCAUUUGAUCAUCGUUCAAGAUGGAGAUCCCACCAAGACCAUCCGAGUGCCUCAAGGAUUCGACUACGAGCUCUAUAACCGUAAUGACAUCAAUCGGAUCCUAGGCCCCAAAGCAAGUUGCAUUUCCUUCAAGGACUCCGCUUGUCGCUGCUUUGGCUUUCUCGUCUCCAAGAAGAAGUACAUUUUUACCAUCGACGACGACUGCUUUGUUGCCAAGGAUCCAUCUGGACAAGAGAUCAAUGCUCUGGCUCAGCACAUUCAUAACCUGCUUUCACCGGCAACACCCUUCUUCUUCAACACACUCUAUGACCCAUUCAGGGAUGGUGCAGAUUUCGUCAGGGGUUACCCCUUCAGUUUAAGGGAGGGUGUCACCACCGCCAUCUCCCAUGGCCUUUGGCUCAACAUUCCCGACUACGAUGCCCCUACUCAGCUUGUCAAGCCCCUUGAGCGCAACUCCAGGUAUGUGGAUGCUGUUUUGACCAUCCCUAAAGGAACUUUAUUCCCUAUGUGUGGGAUGAACCUUGGGUUCCACAGGGAACUCAUUGGACCUGCCAUGUACUUUGGGCUCAUGGGAGAUGGUCAGCCCAUCGGCCGAUACGACGAUAUGUGGGCUGGUUGGUGUGCUAAGGUGAUAUGUGACCAUUUGGGACUAGGGGUGAAGACUGGGCUACCAUACAUCUGGCAUAGCAAAGCUAGCAACCCUUUUGUUAACUUGAAGAAAGAGUACAAGGGUAUCUAUUGGCAAGAGGAGAUCAUCCCUUUUUUCCAAGGUGUGGCUCUACCAAAAGAAUGCACAACUCCACAGAAAUGCUACAUUGAGCUCUCCAAGCUUGUGAAAGAGAAGCUUGGACCUAUUGAUCCUUACUUUGAGAAGCUUGGGGAUGCUAUGGUUACAUGGAUCGAUGCUUGGAAUGAGCUCAAUCCAUCAGCCGAUGCAGCUCCAGUCAAGAAAACAGAUGCUGCACCGAAAAAGAAGUAAACAUAUGUGCGAGAUAGUGUCGUUCUUGACUGUCGGUUUUACUUUCUUUAAAAUUUGUUAUAUUUGGUUCUCAUAAGUUGAUCAAUUUUAGUGUUUUAUUAUUGUUGAAAUAAUGUUUCGUUUAGAAACUGUUCGCUCGACGGCAUUUAUUAAAUCUAUUGAGGAUAUAAGAAGGUUCUAAC